AUGACUGUCAAAUUGGAUGCGAACCAUACUCUCGUUACCGCAACCUUGACUGCCUCCUCGGACGGCCGAAUCGAUGGAUGGAAUGAUCAACCCAACAGUAGAGGCACAUUGGACAUUUUAUGGAUGUGUCUUAGUACAACCUUUCUAUGCACAUACACAAUCCUUUGUUUGAACUGCCCAGCCCGCAACGAGGGCUUCUGGCGAACCCAAGCACGGAAACUAUUAUGGAUGGGGAUUGCGAUCGCCGGACCGGAAUUUGUGUUGACUGCGGCUGCCGGACAGCUUGCAGCGGCUCGGGAUUCGGUCAAAUCAUUUCACGCGCUUGGUUACACAAAAUGGACAUACAGACAUGGGUUCUUUGCAAAUAUGGGUGGUUUUGAACUUGUUCCAGCCGAUGGCGGGCCUUUCCGUAUCAACUCCAAGCAUAUCCACUGGCUUGUCUCGAGAGGCUACAUCGGUGUCCCAGAGGUCUCGGACGAAGAGCUCUGGGAUAAGUCUAAGCAGGAUACAAUCGCAAAAUUGAUCACCUGUACACAAGUUGCAUACCUCAUCUUGCAGUGCAUUGGACGAGCCGCCUCGGGUCUUGCCUUGACUACUAUGGAGUUAUCUACUGUGGCAAUCGUAGGCUGCACUAUCAUGACGAGUAUAUGUUGGCUCGCCAAGCCAUUAGACGUCUAUUAUCCCGUGCAAAUCAGAAUGGAUAUCUCCAUGGGGCAGAUCCUCCAAGAAGCAGGUCCUAUUGCGGCACGACCUUAUCGACAAACGCCGCUAGAUUUCGUCGAUGAUCUCAGACCCAGCUGGGCCCUCAACAUCCAAACCUUUAUGAAAAUGCCAGUCGGACCUUUUCAGCGGCCAAUCCCCCGGAUUGGGGACAGUCGGCUACCGUGGCUGACAUGGACAGAGAGUUCUGUUCUUUGCCUUGCAACUUUGGCAUACGCUUCAAUCCACCUUAUUGGUUGGAAUUUUGAAUUUCCCACCAAAACAGAACAGAUUCUAUGGAGGGUGUCCAGUCUUAUUCUUCUAGGCACUACUAUCGCCUUCUGGAUCCUCGAGAGCGUGGCGAUGUGGUAUCGCUACGGAGGCGGACAAGAAAUAUUACUUAAACUAUUUACUACCAGGACUGCUUCCAUUGACUGUGCGACUUCUACUGAGCCGAAACAGCCCUACAAAGAUGAUAAUACGUACCUACAUGAAACCCCAUUCGAGCCCAGAGAGCUACCUUUGAGUUGGGAGUUUUGGAGUAUCUUCCCAAUUGCAUUCAUUUAUGGUACUGCUCGUACAUAUAUACUUGUUGAGACAUUGGUGGGGUUGAGAUCUUUGCCUUGGAGUACAUACUUGACUGUUGAAUGGGCUCAGUUCUUUCCUCAUAUCUGA